CGGCGCUUGCUCGCGUCGCGCCUCGCGGACGGCGACCUCGGCGCGCGCCUCGGCGCGCGCCACGCGCGCGGCGCGCUGCUCUACGGCCCGCCGGGCUGCGGCAAGACGCUGCUCGCGCGCGAGCUCGGCGCGGCGCUCGGCGCGGACGACGACCGCGUCGCCGUCGUCAACGGGCCCGAGCUCCUCGACAAGUUCGUCGGCGUCGCGGAGGCGCGCGUCCGGAGCCUCUUCGCGCCCGCCGCCGAGGAGUGGGCGCGCUACCGCCUGAAGACCGACGGCGGCGCCUUUGCGCGGCGGGACGCGCUCGGCCGCGGCAACGCCGUGCCGAAGCUCAACGUCGUCGUCUUCGACGAGAUCGACGCGGUCUGCCGCGAGCGCGGGUCCUUGUCGGGCGACACGACGGGCGUCCGCGACGGCGUCACCGCGCAGCUCCUGGCCUGCCUCGACGGCGUCGAGGACGCGGGCAACCUCGUCGUCAUCGGCACGACCAACCGGCCCGAGCUCCUCGACGCCGCGCUCCUCCGGCCCGGCCGCCUCGAGGUC